UUCGAUCUUUAAUCCUCUCUUUGCCCUUUUGUCUCCGUACACUAAAGAGAACGGCGCUCGCUCGCUCGCCAUCAGACCCUAAACGACGCCAGGGUUACCACCACGGGCGGCCCCUCUCGCAGGGGCGUCUCGUGAUCGGAUGUGCAUUAGAAGCCAUUGAUAGAAUACCAUCUUCGCUACUAGAUAUCGGCGAUAUUUGCAGGUAUUUCCUUUCGGUGGGGAUGAUCUUCGCCAUGACAGUUGUUGUUUGAGAACUAUUUGGCAUUUAAUUGUGUUGAUUAUUUGAGUGUGGUCAGAAUAACGGAAGAGUGGUUAAUAGCCCUUAAAUGACACUGAGUACCAAUGGAAACAGAACAUGUAACAACAGAUGUUAGUGGUGCAACUGAUGGAAUACCUCCAGUUCCACCUGGUUUUUCAUCUGCUCGCGUUUCUAAAGCUAUUGAUGGAAUACCUCCAGUUCCACCUGGUUUUUCAUCUGCACGUGUUUCUAAAGCUAUUGAUGGAAUUCCUCCAGUUCCACCUGGUUUUUCAUCUGUGCAUGUUUCUAAAGCUAUUGAUCGAAUGCCUCCAGUUCCACCUGGUUUUUCGUCUGCGCAUGUUUCUAAAGCUAUUGAUGGAAUACCUCCAGUUCCACCUGGUUUUUCAUCUCUUACAUCAUUUACCUUAAAGAGGGUGCAAGAUGGUGUGACGGCUUCUGCAAAUGCUUCUUGCAGAGUACAUUGCAUGAUAUCAGAUGAGAAAUCUAGAAAGAAUCUUCGAUACAGACCCUGGGUAAACUACAGUGAAUUUGAUAAUGGCUCAGGCAAAGAGUGUGACUAUGAGGCUUUUGAGCAGGAUAUUCCUUCAACCCCUUGCCUACCAAAAGGGGUUAUUCGAGGAUGUACUGAAUGUAAAACAUGUCAGAAGGUCAUAGCAAGAUGGCAUCCACAAGAUGCGUGCAAGCCUACCCUUGAUGAAGCUCCUGUAUUCUAUCCAAGUGAAGAGGAAUUUAGAGAUACCCUGGAAUAUAUUUCAAGUGUUUGCCAAAGAGCCGAAAAGUAUGGAAUUUGUCGAAUUGUUCCACCCUCUUCUUGGAGACCACAUUGCCUUCUCAAAGAGAAGAAUGUGUGGGAAAAUUUAAAAUUUACAACUCGUGUUCAGCCAGUGGACAAACUUCAAAAUCGUGAUUUGAAGAAGAUCAAUGGAAACCAUAACAUUAUGAGGACAAAAAAACAAAAACAUCAGGAAUUGAGGGAUAAUAGUUAUGAGAAUAUUACAAAAGUUAAUCGACAAAGGUACCAUAACAGUUCGGAGAGGUUUGGAUUUGAAACUGGUCCGGAUUUCACUCUGGAAUCAUUUCAAAAAUAUGCAGAUGACUUCAAGGAGCAGUACUUUCACACAAAUGCAGACUUUGAUGUAAUAUCUGGUCAACAGGAACCAUCAGUAGAGAAUAUUGAAGGUGAAUAUUGGCGGAUAGUAGAGAAGUCAACUGAGGAGAUUGAGGUACUCUACGGUGCUGAUUUGGACACAAGCGUUUUUGGCAGUGGUUUUCCCAAAGCGUCAUUCUCUUUACAAAAUUCUGAAAUUGAUGAUCAACAUAUAAAUUCUGGUUGGAACCUAAACAACCUAGCUCGGCUUCCAGGCUCUAUGCUAUGUUUUGAAAGUGGAGAGAUUCCUGGUGUUCUAGUGCCAUGGUUGUAUAUAGGAAUGUGUUUUUCCUCAUUUUGUUGGCAUGUUGAAGAUCACCACUUAUACUCAUUGAAUUACUUGCACUGGGGUUCUCCCAAAAUUUGGUAUGGGGUCCCAGGAAAAUAUGCGUCAAAGUUAGAAGAUACUAUGAAAAAGCAUCUACCAGACCAAUUCGAAGAACAACCAGACUUGCUUCACAAUCUUGUAACCCAAUUUUCACCCUCAUUGUUAAGAUUAGAAGGUGUACCUGUUUACCGGUGUGUUCAGAGGCCAGGAGAGUUUGUUCUCACUUUCCCUCGGGCUUAUCACGCUGGUUUUAAUUGUGGAUUCAAUUGUGCAGAAGCUGUAAAUGUGGCUCCUCUUGAUUGGUUACCUCAUGGGCAGAAUGCUGUGGAACUUUAUCGUGAACAGGGACGAAAAAUAUCAAUAUCCCAUGACAAGUUGUUGCUAGGAGCUGCAAGGGAAGCUGUUAGAGCCCACUGGAAUUUACUGUUCUUCAGGAAAAACCCCUCAGUUAAUGCAAGAUGGAAAAAGUUUUGCUCAUCAGAUGGCAUCCUUGCAAAGACACUUAAGGCACGCAUUGAGAUGGAAUGCAUGAGAAGAAAAUACCUUUGCUCAUCUCGGUCACAGAAAAUGGAUACUGAUUUUGAUUCUAAUAAAGAAAGAGGAUGUGUUCUGUGCCACUAUGAUUUGCAUCUUUCUGCUGCUAGUUGUCUGUGUUCACCAGAUAGGUUUGCUUGCCUGAUUCAUGCAAAAAAUUUAUGCUCGUGUGCUUGGAACACGCGGAUAUUUUUAUUCCGUUAUGAUACCAGAGAAUUGAAUGUCCUAUUGGAUGCUUUGGGAGGGAAGCCGAGUGCAGUUCAUAGAUGGGGCAGUUUUGAUCUUGGGCUAAGCUUGAGUUCAUACAUCUCAAGAGAGAAAACACAUGAACCAAAUCUUAUAGGUAUGACUGACAAAGAAGGAAGAGAGCAAAAGGAUAUUGAACCUGUUACAAAGGAGCCUAGCCUUGGGAUGGACAAAAUUUUUGAUUUGGGAAAUCCAAAUAUGACCUCAUCAUCCUUUUUGGAUCAGCAACUUUUAUCGGAAGGUCCCCGGAACACCACUUUGCUGCAAAACAAUUCUAAAUCAAUGGGUGAGGUAAAGAAAUUCAGCUCCUCACUUUCUAAGAUAUCUGGGAUAGAACUGAUUGAAUCUUCUGCUGAGAAGGUUGCUAUCUUAUUAAAUGGUAAUGAACAUAAAGGUACAAAUGGAGUGGUAUCGGAUAAAAUGACUGCAGAGUCCCCAGAAAAGAACACUGACAUGUUUUCAAGGCAGACAGAUUGUGAUGAUAAGACAACUUCCCAUGCUCACAAGGAUAAAAUUCUUUUAGUGCCCCAGACUAAUGUGUUGUUGGCAAACGAAAAAGAUCUGUUGGUUGGCCCGGAAGUUUCUUGUAAUAAGUUAAAGGUGAUACUGGUUGAUGAUGAUGAGCAGGUAGAGGAAAACUGCAGAGAGGUUCUCUCCAAUUUACAUGGUCAACAGUUGUUUGAAUUCCUUCCUGGAAAGGAAAGUGAAUGUGUGAGAUCUUCUGCCAGAGUAACUGUUGCAAAACAAAGUGCAGAUAUGUUGCCUGAAAAUGAAGCAUCUGAUUGUGGUACUGAACCUAUUCAUCUUCAAAUUAUCCAGAAUUAUGGAAGAGGAGAACCAGAACAUAAAAGAAAGAAGGUACAAUCUGAGUUCAACUCUGAGGUUAACCUUGAUAGAAGCAAUUCAUCUACUGAAAUCCAACCUUGUACACAAAAAAAUCUUGAUAUAUGUAACUAUGAGAAGAUGGGCCCUCAAAUGGAAAAGGUGGUGAAAAUAAGUAAUUGCAGUAUUGAGGUUUUGGUGUAUGGUAUUGUGCUUUCUGGAAAAUUAUGGUCCACGUGCCAGCGCAUAUUCCCAAAAGGAUAUAGAAGUCGAGUUAAAUACAUUAGCAUUUUAGAUCCAACGCAGACGUGUUACUAUAUAUCUGAAAUUUUGGAUGCUGGAUUACUUGGGCCUCUAUUUAUGGUUGUGGUUGAGCAAUGUCCAAGUGAAGUGUUUCUCCAUGUUUCUGCCACCAAAUGCUGGGAUAUGGUGAGAGAGAGGGUGAACCAGGAAAUUGAAAAGCAACAAAAGAUGGCAACGCUUAAUCUCCCUUCCUUGCAGCCUCCAGGAUCAGUUGAUGGUCUUGAAAUGUUUGGUUUAUUAUCACCAGCAGUUAUACAGGCAAUCGAGGAGCUUGAUUGCAAUCAUGUCUGCACAGAGUACUGGACGGCCACGCCGAAUGCAUCGAACCAAUCUGAUAUAGCUAUCAUGGCAACAGAUCACAGGCCUAGUGUUCGUCCUACCGAGCAACACACUCCACCGCAGCCUGCCGCCUCAAAAUUGGCUGUUAGGUGUCUCUUCAAGAAAGCCAACCCGGAGGAGCUGCAUGCUUUGCGAAGUCUAUUACCAGAUAAUGAUCUUGCAAACGCCUCUCUUCAAGAACUUGUCCAACUUAUAAAUGAUGAAAUUGCAUGUCGUCUCUCCCGAUGGAAGCAUCCAAAAUACUGAACAUGUUUGAAUUCUUGCCGUCUGUCUGUCCCGACCUCAAAUCACAUUUGUGUUUCUGUCUCGGAAAUCCAAGAUUAUUGUAUAUAUAUUACAUCGAAUUCAUUUUUGUUAGCUGUCUUUCUAUUGGAAUGUGAGAAAUACUUUACAGGA